AGAGGCACGGCGCUUGCUUACAAUGAAACACAGGCGGAGGCAGGCAGUGGAACUCUAGCCUGUGGUGCCUGCCAUUUAGACCGAGAGAUGGGUAGAUGACGACCGAGAGCAAUGGAGUCGAGGGCUCGUUGGUAGCAUGAAUGACAGGUAUCACAAGGCGGCCCGGGAUGGCUACCUGGACCUGCUGAAGGAGGCUACGCGGAAGGACUUGAACGCGCCGGAUGAAGAUGGCAUGACACCGACGUUAUGGGCCGCUUAUCAUGGCAACUUGGAGGCUCUGCGACUUAUCGUGGGCAGAGGAGGCAACCCUGAUAAGUGUGACAUAUGGGGGAACACACCUCUCCACCUGGCGGCCGCCAACGGCCACCACAACUGCCUGUCCUUCCUGGUGUCCUUCGGUGCCAACAUGUGGUGCCUGGACAACGACUACCACACGCCCCUGGACAUGGCCGCCACCAAAAGCCACAUGGACUGUGUCCGCUACCUGGACUCCAUCGCCGCCAAGCAGUCGGCCCUCAACCCCAAGCUGGUGGGGAAGCUGAAGGAGCGGGCUUUCCGCGAGGCCGAGAGGAGGAUAAAGGAGUGUGUCAAGCUGCAGCGGAAGCACCACAAGCGUAUGGAGCGCAAGUUCCACAAAGAGGCGGCGUCGGAGCAGUCCAUGUCAGACGCCAUGAGCUUCUCCAGCUACACAGGCAGCUCAGUGAGCCGCAAGCUGCACCACCUAAACACCACCACUGUCAGUGUGCCAUACUCUCAGGCUACUCUUCACGCCACAACCCGAGGCAAGACCAAGAUCCAGAAGAGGUUGGAGAAGAGGAAGCAAGGGGACGGGACCUUCAAGAUCUACGAGGACGGCAGGAAGAGCGUGCGCUCCCUCUCGGGCCUUCAGCUGGGCAACGAUGUCAUGUUCCUUAAACAGGGAACCUAUGUCGGCCCUCGGGACCGCGCAGGGCGCCGUGGCAACCUCCGAGACAUAUUCCACGGAGAUGCCAACAACGACGCCAUCUCUCGUGCCAUCAGCGAGCCGGACUUGUCUUACCGGCCCGAUAUGGAAUACUCUGAGGUCAGCACCGACUCGGGCCACGACUCUCUCUUCAACCGGCCCGGUCUGGGAACCAUGGUGUUCCGACGCAACUAUAUCAGCGGCGGCCUGUUCGGCAUCGGCGGGCGUGACGAGGGGAGCCUCAGCGGAGGAACCGAACGGGCCGGCAGCACCACCGUGCGGCUGCGCAGCCGGCUGCGGCGUUCGCCCAGCCUGGACGAUGGGGGGGACAGCAUCGGCAGUGCCAGCAGCCUCCGGGAAAGGAACCGCCAGGAGCUUCCCUGGGACGAGCUGGAGCUGGGGCUGGAUGAUGACUGCGAGGCUGUGACCAGCCCGUUGGAGGUGUUCUUGGCUGCACAGACCAUGGGCGAGUUCCUCACCGUCUUCAGGCGGGAGAAGAUCGACCUGGAGGCGCUGCUGCUGUGCUCGGACCAGGACCUCAAGAGCAUCCACAUCCCCCUGGGGCCCAGGAAGAAAAUCCUAGAUGCCUGCAAGAGACGUCUGGAGACCCUUGAGGACCCUGACUACAUCGAGGACACCCUGCUGUGAAUGGUGAAUGACACUUUUGGAUCUGAAGAUGCUGUGUAGAGGACCUUGCUGCUUCCAUGAAGGACAGAGAGCUAUGGCAUGCCAUCUUUUGGAGCAUUGCGUCACCAUACGCAGUCAGCCAAAGACUGCCUGGAUCUGUAUCCACAGAACACAGUGUUGAUGUGCAGCAGUGUUCUUGUAUGUCAUGUGGCACAGUGUACAGAGAGAA